AUGUCAUUUCCUCUGCUGAAUCAGAAUUGUGAAGCUGUCUAUUCUCAUCUUGAUAACCCUCCACUUUGGAGAACCUUUCAUAAUGACUUAGCAAGUCUUAGUGGUAAUGAUUAUGACACAGAAACCGACAUUGAUACAGAUACAUAUAUUAAGGAUAUCAACGAGGGUAGGAAGCGUCGCCACAAGGCCUUGCCAAAUACGUGGAAAAGAAACAAAGCCAAAUUACGUAGGAUGCAAGGAGUGCAGUACUUAGGAUAUUCAAAACCAGCAAAUAGAAAAAUUUUACAGGAUACUUUAAGAUCUGCUCGAAUAAUAGGAGAACGAUGCAAGUCUGAUUAUUGUGUUAAAAGUAAGUUAAGAGAGUGUUCUAAAAUAAGUGAAGACUGUAGAAAACAAAUACAGAUUCUUUUGGAAGCAAAUGAAUUGGUAUCAACGCAAAAUCUAUGUUAA